AUGCUCGUGCAGAUACGGAACUACAAGACCUAUGUGAAGCGGGAGAUUGUGCAUCAGUCCAGCCUUCGACACCCCUCCAUCAUCCGGUUGCGAGAGGUUUUCAUGACACCAACCCACAUUGGAGUGGUCAUGGACUGUGCCAACGGUGGGGACCUGCAUGCUUACAUCACCCGGCGUCCUGCCAUGCGUCUGUGUGAGGAGGAAGCUCGGUGGUUCUUCCAGCAAUUAGUCGUGGGGCUGGACUACUGUCACAGUCGUGGUGUAGCCAACCGCGACCUGAAGCUGGAGAACCUGCUGCUCGACUCGGCGGACAGCCCCCGGCCCAUUCUGAAGAUGUGCGACUUUGGCUACUCCAAGCAUGAGCUGAACAGCCUGCCCAAGACCAGCGUGGGAACCACCUGCUACAUGGCACCGGAGGUGUACCUGGGCUACACAACCUACGAUGCCAAGGUCGCCGACAUCUGGUCGCUGGGCAUCAUCCUCUUUGCCAUGCUCUUUGGCGCCUUCCCUUUCAAGGGGCGGGAUAAGCGGUACAUCCAGGCCGUCCUGCUGGGGCGGUAUGCCAUUCCGCCAGACGUCCAGGUGUGCCACUGGGAUGAGCAUGCAUUCACUGGGGUGAGGGGAGGGGAAUCUGGGCUGCCCUGA